CAAUCCAAUAAGAUUUAGAGUAAAGAAAUGAUUGUUUUUUUCCAAACAUUUUUACAAUUUGACUCGAUCAAAGAGGGAAGCCUGAUUUUCUGGCAACAAAUUAAUAACAAGAAACCAUUGCUAAGCUCCUAAGAAUAGCAAUCAAGUAACGGAUUGAACCCCAAAAUAGAGCUAUAAAAACAGCAGUUCAUACUCAAUCUUCAUCCACACCUCUCAAUCAAAAGCGAAAAAGAGCGAACGAGCAAAGAAGAAGAAGAAGAAAAAGAACAAAAACAAUGGCAAAAUCCGCAAUCAUGCUUGUUUCAGCCCUUUGCUUCAUGACGCUUCUUAACCUGGCAGCCUGCAAGAAGGAUCAGUUCUUCGUGGAAGGGAAGGUGUAUUGCGACACAUGCCGUGUCCAAUUCUUCACCAAAGUCAGCAAAUUCAUGGAAGGUGCGAAAGUGAAACUGGAAUGCAGAGAAAUCGAAGGAGAAAAGGUGACGUUGAACAAGGAGGCGGUGACGGAUAAGACGGGAUCUUACAAAAUCGAGGCGGACGGCGACCACGAGGAAGAUGUGUGCGAGGUGUCGCUGGAGAAGAGCAGCGAUUCAGACUGCGAUGAGGUGACGGAGGGAGGGUAUGCGCACAAGUCUCGAGUGAGCAUCACCAGCAACAGUGGAAUCACCAAUCCCGUCCGCCAAGCCAAUCCUCUGUCAUUCAUGAAGAAGGAAAAGGUUCCUGAGUGCAAGGAAGUUAUGAGAGAGCUUGGAUUCGAUGAAUUUGGCUUACCCGCCUAAAUAUCUUUCUUUCUUUUCGCAUUCUUUUUUUCCCUUAUUUAUUAAUUAUACCUGAAAUCAUCUUCUCCUCACC